AGGAAACUGUUGGCAGUAACCUUUUCAUCUCUUUUUCAUGGAUCUAAAAUGGUCAAGUCUAACAACUUUCCUUUUUCUCAGUUACUGAUAUUCUGUUUCACCAGCCCUCUUAAGCAGAAAGCCAGUUUUUCACCUUCUUUCCUUGCCCUUGGUUAGGAUAAUUUGACGUUAUGUGUCACCAGUAAGACUGCAAUAGUUUUCUGUUAGUAAAGAAGAAAAGAAAGAUGUCAGUCUGACAGCUCAGUUAUAAGUCUAUUUUUAAACAAUAAUGAAAUGGGGUUUUUAAGAUGUUACUAUUUUCUUUUGCAAAGCAUCUCUUAAGUAUUUUAAAGAUUUUCAAGUCUCAUUACUAGAGCUCCAGGAAGAUGGAAUAUAAGCAAUUCAGUGUGUGCCUGGUGUAUUCCACCCACUGGUGUUUGGUGGUUGCAACACUUGGCAUUGGGCCUUCAGCUUUACUCACCCAAGGUGUGGUGAUGAUGUGUGUUUUUGGCAGCAGAUCUGGAAAAUUAGGAUGGCUUAGAAUGAGUUGUGGAAAGGGGGUCCGUUUUCAGAAGUCAGGGCGUAUUUAGAAAGCUUAGGUUGCCUAAAUAGUCUAACUUAGCAGCUCAAACUGACUUGAGUUUAAGUCAGACAAAUGCUGGUGUUUGUGUUGGGAUCUGGCUCCAGGCAUCUAACACUGCAUGAGACUAAUGUUUUAGCUGGGAGAGCCAAGCUUAAUGGUCUUGCCAUGAUGGCUUGUGAGUUUUCUCCAAAAUUGACUCAUUUUGUUUCUUGUUUGGGGAAGGAAAGCUUCUUUUUCCAUUCUACGAAAGACCAUUGAUGCUGUUCACAUUGCAGCUAUACUUCAGAAUCUUGCCUGUGAUGUGAUGGUGAAAGGCAGCAUAAAAGGACAGGGGAAGAAAUGUUUGUUUGAGUGGCUUGCCAGUUAUUCGUCAAAAAUAACAAAGGAGACACAUUCAUUACUGCUGGUGAUAUAUUUUAAGGAUGGAGCUGAGGCUCAUGCUCAGUGACAUAUCAGCUGGAUUUUUCUGAGUGAUUCAACAUUGAUGCAAUUGUUCUAUUUCAGAUUCAGCUAGGUCAGCAGCAAUUUUUUUUUUUUGAAAACACCUGUUUGUGACCUGUCACACAAGCUCUGUUAAAUGUAAUGCCAUGAUCCUGGAAACAAUUAGCUGUGAAUCUUUGUAGUCUCUAUUAGGGCUCAAGCAUCUCUCAGGCUGACCGCAGAUGAAGUUACCCCCUUAAUUAGCUGGUAAUAUGAGGUGACUUCCUGAUAUUCUGAGAAUUGGUUCACGUUGAAAUUCACUCUAGAUUUCCCUGUAAAGGUCCUGGGCCAUGUGUCUUGCCUAAUUAUUGGAUAAUUAGCUGACACAUGCUGGUGCUGGUAUUCCUCACACCUGUGGUCUGAUGGGGUUAGGGCAGUGAAAUAGCUGCUUGAACAGUGCCUGAAGUGUUGAAUGAACCUGGAAAGGUCAGGCAACCUCAGAGUGCUCUUGCAAAGGUAAAGAGAGGUGCUGUUGGGUGCUCAGAUCUACAGAACACAGGGAGGGGCAGAGAUAAAGGUUUUGAGCUACUGCUUUUUUAGAUGAGGAUUGUAUUUGAAAUUCUGUUGCAACAAAUCUGAAGGCAGGGUUGCAUAUAUUAACAGAUGGGCCAACACUUUAGUGAUGAUUUUUGAAAGGUAAAGCGCCCAAUUACUUCAUGUGAGUGAGUAGGAGUGAGAUUUUAUCUCCCCAAAACAUAUCAAGGGCAUGUGGAGUUGUUUUAAUGCAGUUUCUCAAUAGUCUUUUGAAAGCAGAAGCCCUUCUUUGUCUAUGUCAUAAUCAGAAUAGUGUCUUAAGCAAAAAUGCAACCCUCCCCCACUUUGGCUGGUGUUAUCUGCCUCUUCAGUGACUGAGAGAAUAUUGUAGAGUUUUGAAGAAUAGGUGUUUUGAAGGUGUGGUACAUAGAAACAUAAAAAUACAAUGCCAACAUACUAACGUGAACAUUCUCUCUCUAUAUAUGGGGGGGGAGGGGCAUAUUUUUGUUUGGUUUUGGAUUUGGGUGUUUUUGUUUGUUUUUUUUUAUACCAAAGAGCUCCUUAAAAUUAGUGGCAGGCCAAAAAAUACCAAACCAAAGUUCAAUUUUUCAGAGUCUGAAAUCUGACACCUUGGGGUAGGAAAGUGACACUUUUCAUCCAUGGUAAACCUUGUCUGUGGAGAUUAUUGAGUUCAGGUCCUUUGUGUAAUUAGAAUUUAACUUGAACUGCUUGCUCUUGUUUGACUGGCAGGAUGACGUCUUUGUAGAUUUUGUAGCUUGUGGAAACAUUAUAAAAAAAAGAAGGAAAACAAACUGAAAGGCAAUGCCCAGGGAAAAUCCCCAGCUACAGAUCUGACACUACGUUUGUUAAAUUGCUUAAUUGGUUAAUACUGAGUAAUUAUUUUCUAAUGUUACAUCUGGCUAUCAUUUUUUAACACCUCUAGCAUGUGCUUUGAAUAUUUACCCUAUCUACCCAUGUUAUGUUCAGGCUGUGUAAAUGAUGACCACUCCCGUUGUCAUCCCAAGGGUGGUACAAGGAUACUCUUCUCUUGCAAUACGAUGAAGUCCCCCAUUAGUCACGCAUUUCUGUAGUCCUGGAUUAUCAGAAGGUGACAGAAUGGUAUAUAAGGUAAUUGUGGGGUAUUGAAAGCAGCUGUUACUCCUACCUGCAACCUUUUGCAGUUAGGUAUACAAUUAUCUGAAUGUCAUGUUGGGGAAACUAGUGCUUGCAGCAGGCUAGUUUAGAUCAGAAUGAUAUAUUUUCUCCACCUUGCCUUAAUUAAUACAUAAAUGCAAAAUCAUGUGCACGUAAAUGUGCACUUGAAAGUGCAUGAAAAGCAGAGGAAAAUUACACCUUCCUUUUUACUCUCCUUGUUAUUGCUCAGAGCUUUAAAGAGACUGUUGAGUGUUCCCUCAUCAGUUACACCAUCUCUCUAAUCUUCAAAAAUCCAAGUAUGAGUGUAAGUAGUAGGUAUAUGAUGAUCUCUGGCAAUUUAAAAUUAUUACUCUGGAAAUAUGAUUGCUAAAAAGAGUCAGUAUAUGGCUCUUUAGACAUUGGGUAACUUCAGACAAGAAUUUGCUCAAUGCAUGCUUUAUGAUUGUUUUUGAAAUUGUCCUUGACUUGUGGAAGAACUGACGAAAAUCACAAAAAACUCGAUAUAAUGCAUGAGUCCCGAAGCAGUAAUCUUUUUGAAAUUAUAAUCCUGGGGACACAUUUCUACCUUUAAAAGUCCAGUGGGACAAACUGCAAAUUCAUUAUUUUUUAUUUUAAGCAGGUGGUGUAGUAGAUGUCAGUGAACAAGCCAUCAAGUGUUCUCAGUGCUGACAAGGACUUACUGUCACAGGUGUUGUGAGCAUUCAGUGCUUACUUCUAUCACGUAUUCACUGCAUGAAUGAGAAACUGUUGAGAUCGUUAUUCUUGGCUGGCACAAAGAUGCCAGGUCUUUAAAAGAUACUCUGUUCCAAAGCCUUCUUGUGGGACUUGGACAGGUAGUUGUUAAGGGAGACAGUGCCAGGGACAACACUUGAUGAUGGUCAUGAGCAGGAGAGGGAGAAUUAUUAAGGAACAUAUUUUGGGUAUGGCAGUGAUGACAUUAUUUUGAGAUGAGGAAAACAGUCUGUACAUCAGGAAACCACUCAGAGGGUAAGAUGCACUGACUCUGGAAUAAUUUUAUAAAUAGUGAAGUGCUGUCUCACUUACGGAUCUUAAAAGUGUGGGAAAGAGAAUGUAGUGUCAGGGAGUCUUGUAUUGGCUGUGAAGCAGCUGGGAUGGUAUAAAUGUGUAUAGGUGUAUAUAUCUGCUGGGACAACUAGGUGAAGUUGAGCUGGAUAGCCUACCUUCUUUCAUUUGAUAGAGGAGGUUUUGCAGAUGUUUUUAAUGAAAACAGAUUCCUACUUUAAAUUUUAAUACUAGAAUAUUUCCAGGGAAGCAUUCUUCUUUCAGAAGCUGGAAAGAACUAGUUUUGUGAGAGUGCAAGUAAGUGGUUCUCAGGUGUGACAGCUCCACCUGAAUUUGUUCCUAAGCGUUUAACACAGAUAUAAAGUAAUAAAGUCAGAAGUUACAGGAGAUAUUUUGUCUUUGGGGUAGAGAUUCACAUGUUCAGUGCAAGUAUCUUUCGGUCGUUCCUUCAAGGAGUAUUUCAGAUGCUGCAGAUUCACAUUUAGGUGCCAUUUCCCUUUGAUUCUCAGAAGACAGUGUAAAGUGUGCCUAUGGAGCAAGCAGCUAGCCAUUAAAUACUUCACAUGGAAACCAGAAGAGAGUACCACUGCAUAUUUUGAAUAAGAUCUUCUGAAGAGGCAUCACGUGUAUCACACAGACACCAACAUAGAAGGAAGCGACUUGUAUGUAAAAAGAGGAUUUUACUCUAGUGACAUUCCUUGGACAACACCUGCUCUCUUCCUCUAUGCAGAAUUAUUUUGAUACCAGCCUCCAUGGCACAGGGGAGUGCACUUAGGUGACAUCCACUGCAGUUUGCAAGGUGACUUUCUUUGCCUGCAUCAGGUGAAUUAAACACUGAUAUAAAUAAGAUUGAUUUAAAAUAAUCACUUCAUGAUGCAAGAGUGAGUACUUGCUGCCUCCUAUCAUCAGUCAGAGAGGCCAGAAAGAGUCUGGCAGAGCCAGAGUCUGAUCUUGCAUGCUCCAAAAUCUACCAGCCUGCACAUGUAUGCUAGUUUAGGGCUACUCUAAUACACUUUAUGGGUAGUGAGUCAUGGUACACUGGCGUGAAGAGCAGUCAGGGAGGGUUUUGUGUCCUGGAGUUUCUCACAGGGUGUCUGCUGGGCUCACUGUGAGAGCCAGCACACGCAGUACCCGUUGAAGUAAGCUCUGAGGAUGAGUGAAGUGCUGUGCUCUCUGGGCCCAUGCAGGAGAGCACAAACCUUUCUCCUGCCUCACCCUUCCACUCCCAAGUUUCACCAGCUGCCUAUAGCUCCUCCCUUCCCUCUUCUUUGAUUUAAUAUCAAACUGCAAGAUUUCUGGACAUGGAUUAACUUUUUUCCUGCAUAUACAAUGAAUAUCCAGGCAAAGAAUAUUCAGCAUGUGUUGAGGUUGCUAAAUGUAGCACAGAGAUGCCCAAAGUAGCUUCAGGGGAGUGUGGGUGCUGCAGCCACUCAGUGGUGGCAGCACAAUGGAGUCACCUUGCUGAACUGCAGGGCUUACCUACCUGAACUGUGCUGCUAUGGGAAGACUGCUACAGGUAUUUGAGUUUGCGGUUUGGAAAGAAGCUGCUGGCAUGUCUCUCUACUACCCUGCAGCAUCAUGGUGGCAGUGUAGAGAUACUCAGAGAGCUGAGAUUUAAUGAGUCAAAAGCACUUUGCUUGGGGGCUAGAGCUGCUGCAUAAACACAAAACUUUUCGUUACCAGUAGUAUUUCAAGAGAGCAAUGCCUGGGCUCAGAAAGGGGCUUCAGCAUUCCCCCCAAACAUCACAGUGAGUAGAAAAGGAAUUGCUCUUCAUUCUGCUGACUCAGUUGAGGUGUUCUCAUAGGCUGCAGGAAGCAGGGAGGGGACUGCCUAAUGACUGGAAAUAAUCAGGGGGUGGGGCAGGAGAGCCUCGUCAUAAAAUCCCUAUUACUCCACCCCUAACCUGCAUGAGGAGUUCCUGCCGGCUGUACGACUUGGUAACUUUUAACAUUGGACUUAUAUGCAACUGGGGCUGCAAUGGGAUCAAAUUUAAGUACAAGUGAGACUUUUACGAGCACCUCAGCACCAGCGGUGAGAACGGCACCAGUAUCUCCUUUCAACUUGCUCACUGUAAAAAUACUAAGAGUGAGGAAUGUCCGGAAGGCAGACUUGCUCACCCUUUCAGAUUGUUAUGUGACACUGUGGCUGCCUGCUGCCUCAGCUGAGAAGGUUCGGACCAGGACCAUCAGGAACAGCAAAAACCCCGUUUGGAAUGAAGCUUUCUGCUACAAGAUCGACCGCCGUGUCAAGAAUGUGCUGGAGCUGAAGGUCUGUGAUGAAGACACGGUCACCAGGGAUGAUGAACUCUGCACAGUUCUCUUUGACAUAGAUAAACUCACUGUAGGACGUACUGUCCGCGUCAAGUUUCAGCUGAAUCCACAGGCACGUGAGGAGCUGGAAGUGGAGUUCACAUUGCAGAACACUCUGGAUUAUCCUGAUGGCAUUAUUACAAAUGGAGUACUAGUGGCACGUGAGGUUUCCUGUUUGGAGGUUAGAGUGGAUACAGGGAAGCUGAAGCAGCAAUCCACAAACCCUGAGCUCACAUUUACAGUGAAAGGAUCCCAUGAAGGAAGCCAGAAGAUUUUGCUGGACUCUGGCCCCAGCCUUCAUAUAAUCAUAUUUCACUGCAUUAUAAAUGACCAGACAAGACUGGAUAUCCUAUUGCCAGAAGAGCUGGCUGAUGGAAAUGAAACAGAGAAAUCUGGGGUCCUUUCCUUCCCUCUGAAUUCACUCCCUUUGCAGAAGGAAAUAAUACUAGAAGAGGAUAAUUCAUUUCACUUGUGCUUGACAGCAAGAAAAUGCUCAGGAGACCUGGAUGUACGUUUGGGGUUUAGCCUGUGCGUGGAAGAGCAGGCCUUCCUGCGGAAAAGGAAGAAAUAUGUUGCUGCUGCUCUGAAAAAGAUUCUUAAUUUGGAGGAGGAUCUGAAAGAACAUGAGGUGCCAGUGGUGGCCAUUACGACAACUGGGGGAGGAACGAGAUCACUCACAGCGAUGUAUGGCAGCCUGCUGGGCCUCCAGAAACUCAACCUGUUAGACUGCAUUUCCUACAUUGGAGGUUUAUCGGGUACCACAUGGACCAUGGCAAACUUAUAUGAAGAUGCUAAUUGGUCACAAAAAUAUCUGGAGGACGCAAUCAAGGAAGCUCGCAAGCAAGUAACCAAAUCCAAGAUCUGCUGUUUUUCUUUGGAUUGUCUGAAGUACUAUUAUAAUGACCUGAUGGAGAGGACUAAAGAAGGACAUAAUACUUCUUUCAUAGACCUUUGGGGUCUUGUCAUUGAAUCCAUGCUACAUGAUAAGAAAGACGAGCACAGACUCUCGGACCAACGGCAGGCAGUGGAUAAUGGCCAGAACCCACUGCCCAUCUAUGUGGCCAUCAACCUCAAGUCCAAUUAUAGUGCCCAGGCGUUCAGAGAGUGGCUGGAGUUCACUCCUUAUGAAGUUGGUCUCCUGAAAUAUGGAGCGUCUAUUCGCGCAGAACACUUCGGAAGUCAGUUCUUUAUGGGAAGGAUGGUGAAGAAGCUCUCAGAGACUCGGAUCUGCUAUAUGCAAGGCAUGUGGAGUAGUAUAUUUUCCAUAGAUGUGAUGUAUGUCUGGAAUUUGGCUGCUGAUUCAGAAGAUUUUUGGUGCAGAUGGACCAGAGACAGAGUAAAAGAUAUUGCAGAAGAACCCUUUCUGUCUGUGAAUCCCUAUGAGGUAGACACGUGUCUAUGCACUCCCUCGAGCAUCCUCUCCUCUACUCUGCGAGAUGUCUUAACAGGACGCCCAACAAUUGCACAGUAUCCUAAUUUUAUCAGAGGCUUCCAGCUGCAUAACAAGUAUCUGGAGAGUGAAGGAUUUUCUACCUGGAAAGACACAGUGAUAGACUCCUUCCCAAAUAAACUGAUGGAAACAGCAGACAAUGAGCUCUCCCUUGUUGAUACUGGCUUUUUCAUUAAUACCAGCUACCCUCCACUUUUAAGAUCAAAGAGGGAGGUGGAUGUCAUCCUGCAUUUGAAUUACAGUGGAGGGUCCCAAACACUGCCUCUGGAUCAGAUUGCGAAGUACUUCUCAGAGCAAGAAAUUCCAUUUCCCAAAAUUGAGAUAAGUGAGGAAGACAGGGAAAACUUGAAGGAGUGCUAUGUGUUUGAAGAGGCUGACAGUCCACAAGCUCCAACAGUGCUUUUUUUUCCCCUAGUAAAUGACACCUUCAAAAAAUAUAAAGCUCCUGGUGUGGAAAGGAGUCCUGAAGAGAUGGCUGAAGGCAAAGUUGAUGUCUCCAGCAUCCUCUCCCCAUUUACGACAAGGGAGGUGUGUUUCAGUGAAGAGAAUUUUGACAAACUGGUGAAACUGACUGAUUACAAUGUCCUGAAUAAUGAGAAGUUGAUUAUUCAGGCCUUGCGCUUGGCAGUGGCACGGAGGAAGCAGCGGAAUUAUUAGCCACCACACACUAGCUUCAAAUUUUCAUGUGGUAUUUCUUGGGUUGUCUAUGGUUUGGUGAGGUCAAGAUGUUUGAUUCUUAUUGGUGAUACUUGCAGAAAUCACAUCGUCCUAAGGACAUUCUGGACUCCACCCUAUUUACAUGGCUCUUCAGACAAAAAGAUUGGAAUUUACCAGUUGUUUAACCCAAAACAAACUUCAAAGCAGAAAAUUCAUUUUUAGUUUUGUUACCAAGUUACUUUACCAAUUGCUAUAUAUAUUCAAUAUAAAUUAUUACAAUGUUGUGUAAGAUAAUAAUGAAAUAUGUGUCACAUUAAAAUUUGUAUCAAAAUAGUAUUUAUGUGGUGGAUUUUCUGUGUGGCAGAACAACAAUCCCUUGAAAUGAAAUUUCUUUGAUGAAAAACUAA